AUGAAAUGUAGAGGGUAGGGUAGGGACAUUAUUAUACAAGUUUAAAGAAGAUUAUAAUCUUUUAUUUAGAAUCUGUUUUUUCCCAGCACAGCAAUCAAGUUACAUGAAUACGUUAUAGUUAUUAAAAAAAAUAGAUAAACAUAUUUUCCCCUCUCUCAUUACGUAAUAAAUAAUUCAAUAUAGGAUCAGUCUAGCUAUGUCUCAUAAAAAAGUAAAAAUUUUUAUUCUUUUAUAAUAGUUAUAGCAUCAGUCCUCUGCUUCGAUUACGCAGUACUAUUCCCUUGAAAAGGCUAUAUUCGUUCUAAAAAAUAGCAGAUUAUCAAGGAUAAUACUCCCCACGGAUAAUUCUUUUCAUAUCGGUCGGGAAAAUAAUUGAAUGUGGUUUUUGAGAUAAAACACUUUUAUUUAAAAUCACUUUUUACUUGUCUAAUUAUAUUAUACUAUCAGUUAACAAACAGUAAACACAAAACAUUUAAAAUAUUUAUUUGGAUGAGAAAAAGUAAAAAUUUUCUUCAUUUCUUUUGAAAAUGCACACUAUAAAAGUUUAUUUUUGAAGCAAUAAUAGGCAAUUAAAUGAUUCUAAAAAUACUUAUAAAUUAUUUAAAAAUAAC